UUUCAUUCUAUCCCGAUCAUCUUAUUACUUCCAUUCGAUUGCGUUACUCUGCGAAACGGUGUUGAACAUACUCUCACGGAAUUCAACGAAACGCAAAACAUUUUCUCCAUUUUUAUUUAUUGUGUUUAUUUAUUUAUUUUUGUUCUUGCUCACGUACAUCAUCAAUACACUUAUCAACGAGUCGAGUUCUAUUUAUGGUAGAAAAUAUACGACUGAGCCUAAAGCUCAGCAACAAAGCAAAUUAUCGAUAAAUCCGCUGCUAUUCAAACAGACCACACGCACAACAUACACUUCGGAAGCUUUGUAUACGCAGAUAGCGAAAAAAAAUAGCUUGUUGCUUCAAAAGUGAACCUUUUCAAUCGAAUUUUCCCAUCGAAUCGUUCAAUCAGUCUGGAAAAGAAAAGAGUACGCUCAAAAUGGAGGUGAAAACAGGAAAAAAAGCAAAAUUUGACUUGGAUGUGAAUCCAAUUGAAACGGAUGCUCACCUACGUAUACGAGCAAUGAGCUUGGAUUUAUCUAGCCCGAACCAUAUACCACUGAAUGUGCGAAUCGCUGAAUUUUGUGAAGACCCACAAAACAUGGACGAAAUGACAUCAUUCGUCGAUGAGAUUCUGAAGAAAGCUCAAAUCGAAGCUGAUGCUCGGCUCGAAGAAAAUAAUAAGACUGAGAUGAAGAAAAAUGGAAAAGCUCUGUCAUUGAUCAAUGGUUUCAAACGAGGUCGAAUGGUCACACGUGCUCAAACUGUAAUCGUACGAAUGUUCGAAGCAAUCUGCAAUUGCACAACUCAAACAGCCGCCACAUUACCCGGUCGAGUAACGAAUCGAUCACAAUCAGUCAGCAAGUAAAGCAAAACAAAACACUUUCAAAAUCAAUUUGAAGCAUUUUAUUCUGCUGUAGACCAAAAGAACCAAAGCGAAUAAACCAACAACUGCUAAACAAAAACCAAUAUACACACUUCCCAAAGAAUAAAUAGCAAGAAAAAAUGAUGUUACGCGCUACGCGCAACAAACAAAAUAAUGUAUCGAUUUUAAUGUUCACAAAAGUCUAUGUUUUGGUAUACUUUGUUCGCGCUCGUGGCCAAUUUAAUCACGAGUUAAAACUAACAGUUUUAGUCAAACAAAAUAACUUAAUGAUAGUGUAAUUUAAUCGAUGUUUUACAAUUCUAUUUGUA